GCGCAGGGCCGCCGCCGCCGCCUCCCGCGGGGGUGUCCGCCGCGGGCCCCGCGGGGCCCACGGCUGCCGUGCGCCACGCCAGCGGGGCGGCCGCCCUCCAGGAGGGGCCCCAGCAGCGCUGCUCCUGGGACAUCGCCCUGGCCAAGCUGCAGGCGGAGUCCGAGCAGGCCGCGCCCGACCUGCGGGCGUGCCCGGCGUCCAGCGAUCAGCCGCUGUUAGCGGGCGUCGCCGCCGCUGCCGCCGCCUUGGGGGGCCUUGCCGAUCAACAGGCUGCACCCAGCUUGCGGGCGUACCCGGCGUCUGGAGAGCAGCCGCCGCAGGCGGACGCCGCCGGCGCUGCCGCAGCAGCGGUGGGCCCCGGCGAUCGCCAGGCUGCACCCAGCCUGCGGGCGUACCCGGUGUCUGGAGAGCAGCCGCUGCAGGCGGACGCCGCCAGCGCUGCCGCAGCAGCGGUGGGCCCUGGCGACCGCCAG